AUGUCCAAACCCUCUUUAAAACUCAUAAAAUCCUUAAAAAGACUCCCAAAUUACUUCAACCAAGCCAAUGCAACUUUCCAAAUAUUCAAAGAAUACCAUUCCCCAAACCCUUUAAUCUCCUAUUUUGCUGGUCUUUACACAGUUCAAAUACUCAUAGACACAAUAUCAACAAGGGACUCAAUCACCCAAACCCCAUUGAUCCAAGAUGAUCAAGAUAUAACUACUCAUUUAGUCACUUUUCUAGAGAUCGAACAUGAGAAAUUACAACACCGUGAUCAAUUUAAAGAAAUUUUAAAAUCACAUAUCAGAUCAAGAGAGUAUUUGAUAGAGUUUGUGCAGGAGGUGUUUGAAACUGCUUCGACUUUGAUAGAGACUGGUCAGGCGUCUGGGAAAACUGUUACGGAUCUUUUAACGUGUGCUACGAUUUAUGAAAUAGCAAGGUGGUUGUUCCCUUAUACUAAUGAAGAGAUUCCUGAGGAUAAUGGUUCGAAAAUGGAGAGUAUUGUUGAAAAAAGUACAGAAGUUGAAGAUGAGGGAAAGAAUAAAGAAGAAGUUGGAUUAAAUGGUUCACAAGAUCUUUCAGAUUCAUUGGCCAACAUGGUGGAAUCACAAGAUGAUAUUGACCUUGAAAAUCAUAUCACAAAGAGUAUUAAAAAUCUAACUAAUGACAAUGAAGAUGAAGAGAUCCCCAAAGAGGAUGAAAUCAUUAAUAAGAUAAUACAAAAAGACCUAAGUAAGAUAGAUGAUGAAGAAUUAGAUGAAAGGAUAACAUAUUGCAGAAAAAACGCUCAAAGAAUAAUAACUGCAGUUAAAAAAGGUGAAAACCCUCAAAAAUUAGAUUCAAUCGAUUCAACCCCAAUAACAGAAGAAGAGAUUGCCCAAACAAUCAAACUUGCAAUGGAUGAACCAUCUGAUAAUGGAGAUAUAGCAUUCCCAGAACUACCUCAAACAGCACCAGGUGUACCUCAGGAUGAUACCAAAGACGAAGAACCAUCAGAUGCUCAAGAACAAGAUCCAGACACACCAGAAUACAUUUCCCAACACCAUACCAAAUCCACAACACCUAAUAAACCAAUCCCAAAACAAUUGAAUAAACAAGAUAUUCAGAUUUUUUUAAAAGAUGGUGAAUUAUUAGAACGUGCUACCAAAUGUGCAAAAUUCGCAAUUUCAGCUAUAAAUUACGAGGAUAUAGAUACUGCAAUGGCUGAACUAACGAAAUCAAUGGAAUUAUUAGAGAAAUUCAAACAAAAUCAAUCAUAA